CGGGGCAAGGCAGGUUUGGCAAUAUGGGGGGGGGGGGGAGGAGCGCCACCAACACAUCUUCGCGAUGGGCCCCGUGCUAUGGCCAGUGGCGGCGGUAUAAACAUCGCGUGAUGCGCCCGCCACGACCAAAGACCGCCACUACGCCGAACCGUCAACAGAGGAUAUUGCAGUCCAGCUAUAUCUCGGGUUUCUUCCAAGACAUUUGCUCUCUUGCAAGUCUCAUAUCAAGAGGAAGGAAAGAGAAAACUUAAAACCUCCCCUCCCGUUCAAGAGCAUUGGUUCCGCCAGCCAUGCCUGCCUACACGUUUUACAGCAUCGCCCGGCCGCACCUCAACAAAUGGUACACCAUGAAGAAGAAUGACGGCACGGAGCUCAGCCUCUACAUACCCACGUCCAGGCACCAGCGCGACAAGGACCUCCUCAGGCUGCACACCGGGAAAGAGGUCAAGGGGGAGAUCCUGGCCCUCGCCGAGCUGCCCCCCAACAGCGUCGGCACGUACAGGCUGGUGCCCGGCAAGUCGUUCGAGGCCGCGCCCACCGUCGCCAUGUCCUCCGACUACCGCUGGGGCAUGAUGGUGCCCGCGGGGCCCGGCGGCGCCAUGGUGUGGAAGACGUUCGUGUGGCAGAAGAACAGGGACCGCUUCGCCCCCACGGGCAAGAAGGGCCUCGACCUCGUCGACGUGGAAAAGUGCGAGGGCUGCGCCAUGUUGGAUUACGACAGGUUGCUCGGCUCGCUGCAGCUCGAGGUCUCCUGGGGAGACGACUUUGACCUCAUGGUCUUGAUGACCUUCAUGGCCAAGUACGAGCAGGACCGGAGAAACAGCCAGAGGGGUUCAUCAAUCGAUCCGGUGAUCUUCGGUGGUGCGGCAGCGUGCAUGUAAGGAGAAUCUGGGACAUGGCGGCAAAACAUCCUAGCGUUGUUUCUGCUAUUUGAUAGUGCUGCGAGUUGUGCGUCGCAGAACGUUCAUGGAAACCCGCGAGGGGCCGUAUCGCAUCGACUCGCGUUGAUUCAAUGGUGGCUUCGUCGUUCAAGGCGUCUUGAUGAUGAUUACUCGGCUGCACGUAGCCGAUUCGCAUGGCUUGUUGGGGUGACACAUGCAUCAAGAAACGAAGGGUCAUGUCAUCUUCAACUGCUAAAAAUACAUCGG